AUAAAUUUUUAGUCUAGUUUUUAGUUUUAGUUUGAUCUGUUACAAAGACAAGAUAGUUCUACAGCACUGUAAUAAGCUGGGCUGAUCGUUGUUUUGAUGCGAAUUGUUUUCAAUAUUCUACUCUUCGCAAUAUCUCAGUAUUUAAUGCUUAAGUCCUGACUUCUACAUUUUUUCAAUCUGUCCCCUAUCUAAUUUUCACACCUUAAAAUGGUUGUUUUUAGUGCCGUUUUCAGCAUUUCCAAUAAGAUGUACAUCUGUCACUAUUUUCAUGAAGUUUUUUUUAUACUGCAAAAGCUUCAAUCAUAUUAAAGUUAAUUAAUUUCACGCGAAAUAGCUGCAUCAGGUUCACAACAGCUUCCAUGAAUUCUACUAUCAUGCAAACUUCCACAAGAAGGCAAAUGUUAGAGAAUAUGCACAAAUGUGGAGGACAAUGUAGAGUUCUCCGUGUGUCACCCUGCUAUUGCUCAUACACAGCAGCGACAGGAAGGUUGUCGGAAGAGAAUUAGAGGAAACGUUCGAUGACGUAGGCAGACUGAGGUGCGGACACAUUAAGCAGCGCGCGGUGAUCACGUGGUUAAUUUGAUGCACUGACUGCACGAGGUGAUGCUGCGAGUGUUGUUUGCUGAUUUCAGUGGAGAGCAAUAAAGGCGUUUGCUGUGCACGAGCUCAGCGAGCAUCAGUGCAGUAGCUGCUGUUGGAGCAGGUCUGUUAUGUAACAGUGUGAGCAGUCUGUAGCCUCUAGUGACUAGUUACACACAGACCCACAACACCAUCCCUUGCUCGUGAUUUUCAGUAUUCUGUGUGACUACAGCAACAGUGACUAUGAACAACACAAACGAUACUGAAUCGGAGCUCUUCCAAUACUACAGGACAAUUGAGUAUCAAUAUUACAAAGUGUACAUCUGGGUGCUGGUAGGUGUGGGUGUGCCUGGCAAUGUCGCCUGCAUCUUAGUAACCACAUCCAUGACCCUCACUACAGCCACCUUAUACAUGUCCUUGCUGGCCGUAGCUGACCUGCUGGCUCUAGUACUUAAGCUUAUAUUUCACCAGAUGUACAUUUACGAAGUGCCAUUAAAUACCAUUGGUUGUAAAAUGGAAGUGUUUGUAGCAUUAGUCAGCUGCUACGCCAACUGGACUCUGGUGCUGGUGUGUUUGGAACGGUUUCUAUCCAUUCGCUUUCCUCUCAAGAAGAAAAUCUACUUUACCAAGAAUAGACCUAUUCUCAUCGCCGUGUUACUGGGGAUGAUACUGUGUUUGUGUAAUCUUUAUGCGUUCAUUCAAUUAGACCACAGAGAGGAGAGUUACUGUAGUUAUCCGGAUUCGUCUUUUGAUUUCGUCAGAACCUACUGGUACUGGAUUACAGCCUUCAUCUACUAUUUUCUUCCCUUCAUCCUCCUCCUCAUCUUUCCUUUCCUAAUCAUCGUCAGUCUCAGGCGACAACGAAAGGCGCGCGAGGCCAUGGUAAGGACAACCCCGGACACGUCAGGGGAGACAACGCAGACAAGAGUUGAGGUCGCCAUCUCUGUCAUGGUGGUGUGCGAUGCAAUCGUCGUCUUCGUCACCUUCGCUCCGAUCUGCAUCUUGAACCUUAUUAAACCAUUCGACACAUUGAACCAUGGUACCAUUCACACAAGGUUUACGGUGACAAUGUUAGAGUUUAUGGCAAGAACUUUAUCAGAAGUGAACUACGCUGUAGACUUUGUGAUAUACUUUGCGGCCUCCAAGAAGUUCCGUUCUCGUUUUAAAAAGCUGAUUAGAAAAUGUUUGACCUGCAGGUGUAGAAGAGAUCAAGAGUAGCUAUGUAGACUAUUUGGACAGUAUAGGCAUCUUUUGUAUUUGAGGGAAACUGGCUGUCUCUAUCAGAUUUAUAAAUGUGUAUUAUUGUCAUGUAAAUAUAUUAUUUCUUACUUAAAAUCUUUGUGGCAGAUUCCUCUUCAAGUCUUCAAUGUUCAGUCGUUAUAUUUAUUGGCAGCAUUUUGUUGAAGUAAUAUUUCACUGGACAUGCUAAACGUGGCUGACUGGGAUUGGGUGCUUUUAUAGUCUACUCAUCCAUGCAUCACUUAAAAAUAUGUUUUCUCUAAGUCAAAGAUUGUUUAAUAUUGUGACUACCUGUGAAGUUUUAUUUCUUUAAAUGUGAUGGCAAGACAGCUAGCUAACUGAGUGGAUAAGUUUCGAGGAAGUUU